UCCCGAGCGAGUCGGUCCUGGCGGCGCAGCCCGCUCCCCCGCGCCCUAUGUGAGGGACUCGGGGAGGCCAGCGGCGCGCAGGGGAGGGCGAGGCAUGUGCACGGGCCGGGGGGUGCUGCAGCCGCCCGAGGAAGAGGAGGACGGCGGCGGCGGCGGCGGCGGCGGCGGCGGCGAGGAGGAGCGCGGGGGACUCGCGGCGGCGGGCCCGGGCCGCGGGGAUGCAGCGGACUGUGUGUGUCUGGCUGUAGCUGACGCGAGGCGGCGAGGAAGCGCCGGAGACCCGCGAGAGGGGCGACCCGGAGGCGGCGGCGGCCGCGAGAAGUAGCAGCAGGACGGGCGGCGGCGGCGGAGACGGCAGCCCUGAAAUGCAUUUUCUUCUCCAGCGGCCAUGUUAACCAGGAAACCUUCGGCCGCCGCUCCCGCCGCCUACCCGACCGGCAGAGGAGGGGACAGCGCCGUUCGUCAGCUUCAGGCUUCCCCGGGGCUCGGUGCGGGGGCUCCCCGGAGCGGAGUGGGGACCGGCCCGCCCUCCCCGAUCGCCCUGCCGCCUCUCCGGGCCAGCAACGCGGCCGCCGCAGCCCACACGAUUGGCGGCAGUAAGCACACAAUGAACGAUCACUUACAUGUCGGCAGCCACAGCCACGGACAGAUCCAGGUUCAGCAGCUGUUUGAGGAUAAUAGUAACAAGCGGACAGUGCUCACGACACAACCAAACGGGCUUACGACAGUGGGUAAGACGGGCUUGCCGGUAGUGCCGGAGCGGCAGCUGGAGAGCAUCCAUAGGCGGCAGGGGAGCUCCACCUCUCUGAAGUCUAUGGAAGGCAUGGGGAAGGUGAAAGCCACCCCCAUGACACCCGAACAAGCAAUGAAGCAAUACAUGCAAAAACUAACCACCUUUGAACACCACGAGAUCUUCAGCUACCCUGAAAUAUACUUUUUGGGUCCAAACGCAAAGAAGCGCCAGGGCAUGACAGGUGGGCCCAACAAUGGUGGCUAUGAUGAUGACCAGGGAUCAUACGUGCAGGUGCCCCACGAUCACGUGGCUUACAGGUACGAGGUCCUCAAGGUCAUUGGGAAGGGAAGCUUUGGGCAGGUGGUCAAGGCCUAUGACCACAAAGUCCACCAGCACGUGGCCCUGAAGAUGGUGCGGAACGAGAAGCGUUUCCACCGGCAGGCAGCAGAGGAGAUUCGGAUCCUGGAACACCUGCGGAAGCAGGACAAGGACAACACCAUGAAUGUCAUCCACAUGCUGGAGAAUUUCACCUUCCGAAACCACAUCUGCAUGACGUUCGAGCUGCUGAGCAUGAACCUCUAUGAGCUCAUCAAGAAGAAUAAGUUCCAGGGCUUCAGCCUGCCUUUGGUUCGCAAGUUUGCCCACUCGAUUCUGCAGUGCUUGGAUGCUUUGCACAAAAACAGAAUAAUUCACUGUGACCUUAAGCCCGAGAACAUUUUAUUAAAGCAGCAGGGUAGAAGUGGUAUUAAAGUGAUCGAUUUUGGCUCCAGUUGUUAUGAGCAUCAGCGCGUCUACACGUACAUUCAGUCCCGUUUUUACCGGGCUCCGGAAGUGAUCCUUGGCGCCAGAUACGGCAUGCCCAUUGAUAUGUGGAGCCUGGGUUGCAUUUUAGCAGAGCUCCUGACCGGUUACCCCCUCUUGCCUGGGGAAGAUGAAGGGGACCAGCUGGCUUGUAUGAUUGAACUGUUGGGCAUGCCCUCCCAGAAACUGCUGGAUGCAUCCAAACGAGCCAAAAAUUUUGUGAGCUCCAAGGGUUAUCCCCGUUACUGCACUGUCACGACACUCUCAGAUGGCUCUGUGGUUCUCAAUGGAGGCCGUUCCAGGAGGGGGAAACUGAGGGGCCCACCGGAGAGCAGAGAGUGGGGGAAUGCACUGAAGGGGUGUGACGAUCCCCUUUUCCUUGACUUCUUGAAACAGUGUUUAGAAUGGGAUCCUGCGGUUCGCAUGACCCCUGGCCAGGCUUUACGGCAUCCCUGGCUGAGGAGGCGGUUGCCAAAGCCUCCCACUGGGGAGAAGACGUCAGUGAAAAGGAUAACCGAGAGCACUGGUGCUAUCACAUCCAUUUCCAAGUUACCUCCACCUUCCAGCUCAGCUUCCAAACUGAGGACUAAUUUGGCACAGAUGACAGAUGCCAAUGGGAAUAUUCAGCAGAGGACAGUGUUGCCAAAACUGGUUAGCUGAGCUGAGUCCCCUGAUGCUGGGUAAUCUGAAAGAUACGACGUUGCUGAGCCUUACUGGGUUGAAAAGGAGUAGCUCAGACCUGUUUUUAUUUGCUCAAUAACUCAACUCAUUUGUAUCUUUUCAGCACUUAUUUUAACGUAAGAAAGUUGUUCAUUUUGUUUUUAUAAAAUACAUGGGGACAAUGCUUUAAGUUUUUAUACUUCCUGAAACUGUUUUUGUGUUCUAAAAGUAUGAUGAGCCUUACUGUAUUUAGUGUGGCAGAGUAAUAAACAUCAGUGGCAGGCCAUUGAUUACUUCGUGACUGCUGCGCAUUUACAGAUUGGUGUCAAAGACAUUCACUGUUUCUAUGGUUCAUAGUAUAUUCUCCCCCAGGCAGUUGCCCCCCGGAAGGUCCCCCUUCCCUCGCCAUGCUCCUGGUUCACGCACAGGUGUAGCACGUCCUGCUUCCGUUUCCCAUAAGUGACGUGGGUGGUAGUGAGGGUGGGAGAAGAAUGGCCAGGACAAAAAUGAUUAAUGAGCAGAACUGACCUCAGAGAAUUUUUUCCUAAACUAGUGGUCAAACAGAAAGUCCCCAAGUUGACAUGCCCACUUAGCAUUCUGACUUUCUAAAAGCUGGCCAAGCAGACCUGGGUGGAUAAAUGGAAACGUGUGCGUUCCUCCAAAUUUUCUAAUAUGAUCAGCGACCUGUUUGUAAAGAAGCCUCAUAGUACGGAAUUGGUUUUGCACCUAAAUACAAAAAUGUAUUCCAUAAACUGUUCCUCCUCUUUGCUUUUCUCCUCUCUGUUCCUCUUUCACUACACAUCUGUUGCUUGCAUUUAGUUUUUUUUUUUUCCUUCCUUCACAUAUAUAUCCCAGACUGUUAAUACAGAAGAGAGACAUUUCAGCUGUGAUUAUGACCAUUGUUUUCAUAUCCCAGUUUAAAAAAGAACAGCAGCCUAGCUACUUAAGGUGGGGAUUUCCAUAGUUCCAAAGAAGGUUUAGCAAGUUAGAGUGAGUUCACACUUUUCAGGUGCCACUGUAAGGUUCUCUUCGCCUGGGAAAGCAUCAACUCUUUCUUUAAAAAGAAAGAUGCUUGAAAAUCCUCUUGCUGAACAGAAGUCAUUGUGACUUUUCAGUGAGGUCAAUUUAAACAACGUAGUUAAAGGAGGAAAAGUUCAAUCUCAAGUUAAAUGGUUUGACUUACUUGCAUCAUUAGGAAAAUCACGGAUCGCAUUCCUCUAUUUUACUUUCUUUUGGAUUGCACUGACUGUAUUUGUGGGAAUGACACUUUACCUGGAAAAGUUAACUGAGAGGUAAAAGAAUAUUUUCGUCUCUGAAUAAUAAUUAUUUUCAAAGUGAAAAAUUAAGUAUUUUAUCACUAAUGUAUGAGCAGUGAUAUUUAUCAAUUUCAAGGCACGUGGAAGAAAUUUUUUAGUAUGUGCAAUUUAAUAUAGAAAGAUUUUUUUGCCUGUUUGGACAAUAGGUUUUGGGUAGUAUAAAUUAGGAUAAAUACUCUUUUAUAUGCACAGAUAUUAUUGUAUUGCCUGUAGAUUGAUUUACAAGUACUUAAAGCAUGGUCCCCAGCGAGGCCAGGAAAGUUUCCGGUUAAGUUCUUUUAAUAUUAGUCCUACAGUUUCUCUUACUUAGGAAAAAAGAAAAAAGAAAGUAGUUUUGAACAAAACUCUUAUCUUGAGGCUUUGUCGUUUGAUGGAGAAAACGCUCAGGAAAUAUUACAGAUAUUUGCCAAAAAACAGUAAUAAGAUUAGCUUAUUAAUAAGAUAGUGAUGUUGAUAUUUGCUUUACUAUUUAAGGGUGUCACUGAUAAAUUAAUUUGUACUUCUGUACUUAGAAAUUAUAGCUUCUUUCCCCUAGUCGGAUUCUUUAGCCUGUUGUACACAUUUCUGUGUAAUCUGUGGAAGUGCAAUAAUAUGUUAGUAAGUUGCUUUUUAAAUGAUGCUCAUGUGACGAUACCCCCAAUCAGUGGCUUAUAGAAUUUAAAGAUUGUGUAUUUAUUAUUAAAAUUUUGACUUAAAAGGCAUAAGAAGCGUAAGACUUGGUAUGGUGGCUUUGUAAAACCAUAAGCCUCUGAAUGAUGGUUAGCUUCUUUAAAACAAAACCAUAAAGGCUGUUUUUCCCUUGCCGUUCUCCUCUUCCAUAUCCACCCUCAUUUUCACAUUUAGGUUUACAUGAUCCUGAGCCUGCCAUUGAUAGGAAUUUCCCUAUAAAAUACAUGUGAAAAUUUAUAAAUGGACUAGUACUGCUUGUCUUUUCCCCACCACAUAAAACUGGUACUUAAGAUGCCAACAGUGCAUUUGUGAUGAUAUUCGCAAAUGCAACCGGAAACUUUGAAGCCAAACUAUAAUGGGCAGCGCUAUGCCCCCGCCCUCCAAAUACGGUGAGAUUUACUUCAUUCAUAAGAGCCACUAGGUUCAGUGUCCAGUGGUAGGGCUGCUUUUAAAAAAUUCUGGCUUAUUUAUAUCAAAAAAAGAAAAACGUUGCAUCUCUGUGAUUUUAAAACAAAUGAAGGGCUCUAAUAGGCUACUAGGAGUUGGCUUGGAAACAGUCCUCGGUCUCACAGGUUACCAGUGUCUAGGGAUGUCUGAGCUGUUUUCAGAUUUCAGACUAGCACAGUGUCUUGUCUUUGGUUGCAGUCUCAUCUGGCUCCGUUUCUGGCACCUCCACAGUGCGCAUCACCUCUUAAGUGCGUUGCUACGACAGGGGAACAGCACCGUGAUGCAGGACAGUGCAGAUCAACAGUAGAGGAGAAGUUGUGCCCUUAGUGUUAACAAUGUGCCUUUUGUUCUGAAUGCCAUGUUGUAGGGCAUGCAUUUUUUGGCCUCUUUAACUCUUUGAAUACCCGGCAGUAAGGAUGGAACCCAGCUCUGCAAAGAUACAUCUGUCUUAAAUAUCCAGUUACUUACAGGCCUUAAUAGAAACCAUAAGGCGUGAAUCAUCAUCAGGCAUUGAAAAAGGUAACCAUUUGGUUAGUUACACAGGAAAUUCCUAUGUUUAAGGGGUUAAAGAUGGUCUUUGUUGUAUCUUGACAUCAGACUGAUUUUUUAAAUGAUAUUUUUUUGUUAUGGUAACACUAGACAAAAAUCAACUGUAUUUGUAAAAAUUUACCUCAAACCAUUUAAUUUUAUAGUGUGAUUAAUCCCAGGGCAUUUGGUAUGAACCAAAGUGCAUUCCUUUUAUAUGUGCCUGGCUCUAGUACGGAUGGCCAGGGAUUUUUACAAUUUGGGUGCAAGGCACUUAAGCCACUUUUAAACUUAAUGGGUGGUUUGGAGUCGUGUUAAAGGACUCCAUCAGGAGGUUAGGCAACACUUUAGGCAUCAGUAGCAUUGGGCCAUAUUGGAAUCUUCAAAGUGUGAAUUAUUUUAAAGAGAGCAUUAAUUUUUGUAAUUUUUCUCAUCAAGAAUAUUUCUGGUAAGCAGAAGACUUAAAAAAAAACUGAUUUGGUUGGUAAAGGUUUUAAUAUCGCCCAACAUAAUGCUGUGGUAGCAUUUAAAAAAAAAGUAUUUGUCAACUCUGUUUCUUAGGGGCUUGUACAUCUCUCUGCUAUGGACAUAUAUAAAAUUAAUUGUAAUUAUACUCAGCUCAACUGCUACAGUUCUGUCUAGGCAGUGGCUUGGGUUUUUAUCGAGCAACAUCUUAGACACGUGACUGAAAUAUGCUGCAACUGUGUGUACUGAAAAUAUGUGAAAAUGGUUGAAUGUGGACUGUGUACAUAUGUAUGUAAACAUUUCUGUGAGAUGCUGCUGUCGCCACUUAACAUGAAAUAUGUUCUGGUGGAUUUUAAUCCUAGUGGCCAGUUCUAUGAUACUGUAUGUAUUGUACAGCUGAAGACAGGAGUAAGACUGUUCAGUGAAUAUUUGUUACAUUUUAUUGUCGUGGCCAGAGAUAAUUUCAGAAUAAAAAUUUAAUGUCCUACCUUA